AUGUCCCUCACAAACGCUUCUCCCGAGGCCGCCGCCCGCGAGGCCAAGUCGGCCUCCUUCACGCUCGCCGCCCUGCCCGCCUCGGCGCGCAACGAGGCCCUCGACGCCAUCCACGCCGCGCUGUCGGCCAGCCGCGACGCCAUCCUCGCCGCCAACGCGCGCGAUCUCGAGGUCGCGCGGAAAGCUGCCGCCGACGGGUCCCUCAGCGAAGCCCUCAUCAGCCGUCUCGACCUCGGCAAAAAGGGCAAGUGGGAGGACAUGCUCAAGGGCAUCCUCGACGUGCGCGGCCUGCCGGACCCCGUUGGCAACGUGUCGAUGCGCACCAAGCUCGACGACGACCUGGUCAUGGAGCGCGUGUCGUGCCCGAUUGGCGUGCUGCUCAUCAUCUUUGAGGCGAGGCCGGAAGUCAUUGCCAACAUUGCUAGCUUGGCCAUCAAGUCGGGCAACGCGGCGAUUCUCAAGGGCGGCAAAGAAUCCACAGAGUCCUUUGUCGCCAUCUCCCAAGUCAUUUCCGCCGCGCUCGCCAAGAGCCAGGUGCCCAACGGGGCGAUCCAGCUCGUCACGACCCGCGACGCCAUUGCCAGCCUGCUCGCGCAGGAGCGCUCCAUCGACCUCGUCAUCCCGCGCGGCUCCAACGAGCUGGUGCGCUACAUCAAGGAGUCGACUAGGAUCCCCGUGCUGGGCCACGCCGACGGCCUGUGCAGCAUCUACCUGACGGCCAGCGCCGACGCCGCAAAGGCCGCCGUCGCCAUUGUCGACGCCAAGACGAGCUACCCCGCGGCCUGCAACAGCGUCGAGACGCUGCUCGUGCAGGACCGGGCCCUGACGACCACGUUUCCCGCCGUCGUCGCGGCGCUCGUCGCAAAGGGCGUCGAGCUGCGCUGCGACGCCGCCAGCAAGGCCGCCGCCCUCGCGAGCCUCACCGGCGGAGGGGGCGAUGCCGGCAAGAUUGUGGACGCGACAGAGGUCGACUAUGACACGGAGCACCUGUCGCUGACGCUGGCCGUCAAGACGGUCGCCUCGCUCGACGAGGCCGUCGCCCACAUCAACGCCCACGGCUCCGGCCACACCGAGUCCAUCAUGACGGCCGACGCCGACGACGCCGAGCGCUUCAUGAACCAGGUCGACUCGGCCGGCGCGUACUGGAACGCCUCGACGCGUCUGGCCGACGGCAUGCGCUACGGCUUCGGCACAGAGGUCGGCAUCAGCACCAACAAGAUUCACGCUCGCGGGCCCGUCGGCCUCGAGGGUCUCACCAUUUACAAGUACAAGAUUCGCGGCGACUAUCAGCCCACCGCCGGCUAUGGCGACGGCGAGGGCCAGAAGCCGUUCAAGCACGAAAAGCUGGCACUCUAA